UCUCGGCGGGAAUGUCGGCGCCGUCUCCGGCGACCAACUCCACGUCACCUCCUCCUGCUUCACCUGCGACCAACGCCACCUCACCAACUCCUCCAACGACCAACGCCACCGCGCCAACUCCUCCUUCGACGACCAACUGACACCACACCUUCUCCGCCUCCUCGAACGGUGACAGCGUCAGCUGCCGACCGAGUCUCCCCUCCGCCACCUCUGUCUAAUUCGCCGGGAUUGCCGACGAACCCGAACUUAGGCGUUAUAGUAGGGGUUGUGAUUGGAGGGUUUUGUACGCUACUUGUGGGGGGCAUUUUCUUCCUUUUCUACAGAAGGCGGAAGAGGCGGCAGGCGAAAGCGCAGGAGUCGGGGAACUAUCCAGAAGAACCCAAAAACGAUUUUGGUGGUCCACCUCAGCAUUUGCAACAUAAUUAUGUUCCUCCACCAGCACAAAAAGUAAAACUGUUUCCAAAGCCUACUCAUCCCCCAGUACCAUCUUCAAGUUCAACUAGUAGCAGCUUGGGCUCUGAGAAACCACCCUCAGUAGCAUCGUCUGGCUUUGCCUUUGGAUCGUCACAAAUCACAUUUACAUAUGAAGAAUUGGCGAUGGCAACAAAUGGUUUCUCCAAUGUCAAUCUCCUUGGUCAAGGAGGAUUUGGAUAUGUUCAUAAAGGAGUCCUACCAAAUGGGAAAGUGGUUGCAAUUAAGCAGCUGAAAGCUGGGAGUGGGCAAGGGGAGCGUGAAUUCCAAGCAGAGAUUGAAGUUAUUAGUCGUGUCCAUCAUAGACAUCUUGUUUCACUGGUUGGAUACUGCAUUAGUGGGGUCCAGAGGUUGCUUGUUUACGAGUUCGUUCCAAACAAUACCCUGGAAUUUCAUCUGCAUGGAAAGGGGAGACCAACUAUGGAUUGGCCAACUAGAUUGAAAAUCGCCCUAGGUUCUGCAAAAGGAUUGGCAUAUCUCCAUGAGGACUGUCAACCCAAGAUCAUACACCGUGACAUCAAGGCAGCUAAUAUUCUUCUUGAUCAUCACUUUGAGGCAAAGGUUGCAGAUUUUGGACUUGCCAAGUUGUCUUUAGAUACAGAUACUCAUGUUUCCACAAGGGUCAUGGGAACUUUUGGUUACUUAGCUCCUGAAUAUGCAUCUAGCGGAAAGCUCACCGAGAAGUCAGAUGUCUUUUCAUAUGGGGUUGUGCUAUUGGAAUUGAUAACUGGACGCCAACCCAUCGAUAAAACUCAAACCUUCACUGAUGAUAGCAUGGUCGAGUGGGCGAGGCCUUUGCUUGCGAAAGCAUUGGAAACAGGCAACUUUGAUGCUCUUGUUGACGUAAGGUUGCAGAAUGACUACAACACCAGUGAAAUGGCCUGUAUGCUUGCUUGCGCUGCUGCUUGCGUGCGUCAUUCUGGCCGACAUCGGCCGCGAAUGAGCCAGGUGGUUCGAGCUUUGGAAGGAAAUCUUUCUCCGGAUGAGUUAAAUGAGGGAAUUAUACCAGGUCAGAGUACGGUAUUCAGUUAUGGAAGCUCAGAGUACAACGCUACUGAGUACAAGGAAGACUUGAAUAAAUUCAGAAAACUAGCACUAGAAAGCCAAGAGCAAGGGACCAGUGAGAACAGUGGACCUAGCAGUGAUUUUGAUCUGCUCCAGUCUACCUCAAGUGGCGAAGGCCAACAAACCACCCGAGAGAUGGAACUCGGGAAAACAAAGAAAGACACCCAAGAUCUUGAGUGAAGCGCUUGACAACUGAUUCCCAACAAAGAAUCACACACCUGCUAACAUGAAAAAACACCAUUUUCUACGGUACAUUUGAUAGAUCGAAUGUACGAGUCUUCAGCUAGAUUAAUGAUUUCUGCGGGAGCUGCAUGCAGAGUUGUUUGAAGAAUUCGAGUGUUUCUAUACCGCCCAGGAGUUUGAAUGAAAUCAGACGCCUGGAAUGUCGAUAUCAAUACAUCUUUCGUGGCCGUUCAACAUUGUGUUCCAGAUGGAUUUAACAAUGGAACAAAGUUUGACAUUGUUUGUUGAAGUUGGGAAGAAUUAGGAGGAGGAAUAAUUCUGUAUGUAUUUUGGCGGAUUUUUUCAUUGUUAUAUUAAACAGUUGGUUAUAUAUUUUACAUUUCUUGAA